AGAGAGAGAGAGAGAGAGAGAGAGAGAGACUCAGGAGAAAAGAGUGAGAGAGGGAGAUGGAGGGGAUAGAGCAUAGAAUGGUGAGUGUUAAUGGCAUAAAAAUGCAUGUAGCAGAGAAAGGACAAGGCCCAGUUGUGCUGUUCCUACAUGGCUUCCCUGAGCUUUGGUAUACAUGGAGGCAUCAGAUCAUUGCCAUGGCUUCACAUGGAUACCAUGCUGUGGCUCCUGAUCUGAGGGGCUACAGUGACUCCGAAGCUCCAGCUUCAUUCACCAGCUACACUUGCCUUCAUGUUGUUGGUGAUCUUAUUGCUCUUAUAGAUUAUCUUGGAGCUGAUAAGGUGUUCCUUGUGGGACAUGACUGGGGUGCUCAGAUAGGGUGGUAUAUGUGCCUCUUUAGGCCUGAUAGAGUGAAGGCAUAUGUGUCCCUUACUGUCCCCUUCAGGCCCAGGAACCCCAAGAUUAGGCCAAUUGAAGGGAUGAGAGCUUUCUUUGGAGAUGACUACUACAUGUGCAGAUUUCAGAAGCCUGGGGAGAUUGAAGCUGAGAUUGCCCAUCUCGGUAGCAAAGAAGUACUCAAGAGAAUUCUAACAGACCGCAAACCGGGUCCUCCCUGCUUGCCUAAAGAAAAUCCAUUUGGAAUCAAAGCCAUUCCUCCCAGUCCCUUGCCCUCUUGGUUUUCAGAAGAAGACCUUAACUACUAUGCCAGAAAAUAUGAUGAGAAGGGCUUCACUGGAGGGUUGAACUACUACAGAGCUUUGGAUUUAAAUUGGGAGCUCACGGCACCAUGGACAGGGGAGCAAGUGAGAGUUCCGGUUAAAUUUGUCGUAGGCGAUCUGGACAUGGUCUAUACUACUCCAGGGGUGAAGGAAUAUGUAGACUCUGGUGCCUUCAAGAAAGAUGUGCCAUGUUUGGAGGAUAUUGUUAUAAUUGAAGGAGCCGGUCACUUCAUCAACCAGGAAAAAGCAGAGGAAAUCAACAAUUACAUUGUGGAUUUCAUCAGGAAGUUCUAAUCUGCUGUUUUUGAGUCGUGUUUCUUGUGAGCAUUGGAUUUCAUGUUAUCAUCUUUAGCUCAAGUUGGUACCACUAUAUAGUAGGAAAUUCGCUUGUUAUAUCUAUAUCCUCAGUGUCCAAGAAAAGUAUGGAGUUCUUUUUUGUUGCUUUCCUUUCUGCCCUCAGCAAUUGCCUUUCACCAUAUUGAUGAUCAAAGAAGUGUACAGAUAUUGUAUUUCUAUGACUUGGAAGCCCAGAAGCCAUUUUUUCUGCA